GCCGAGCGCGCCGAGCUGGCGCCCCGCGGGGCCAUGGGGCCCGGCGCCCGCCGCCUCCUGGCCGUGCUGCUCGUGGUCUGCGCCCCGGCCCGGCUGCGGGCGGGCGAGCCGGGUGAUGGCUGUGGGCACAUAGUGACCUAUCAGGACAGUGGCACCAUGACGUCUAAGAAUUAUCCAGGGACUUACCCCAAUCACACGGUUUGUGAAAAGACUCUCCGAGUGCCAAAAGGAAAGACACUGAUUCUGAGGUUAGGGGAUUUGGAUAUUGAAUCCCAGACCUGUGCUUCUGACUACCUUCUCUUCACCAGCAAUUCCGAUCAGUAUGGACCGUAUUGUGGAAGUAUGGCUGUUCCCAAAGAACUCCUACUGAACACGAAUGAAGUCACUGUUCGCUUUGCAAGUGGAUCCCACAUUUCAGGGCGGGGAUUUUUGCUGACCUAUGCCAGCAGUGACCAUCCAGAUUUAAUAACAUGCUUGGAACGAGCUAACCAUUAUUUGAAGACAGAAUACAGCAAAUUCUGCCCAGCUGGUUGUAGAGACAUAGCAGGAGACAUUUCUGGGAAUCUGGUGGAUGGAUACAGAGAUACCUCUUUAUUGUGCAAAGCCGCCAUCCACGCAGGAAUAAUUGCAGACGAGUUGGGUGGUCAGAUCAGCGUGCUUCAGCGCAAAGGGAUAAGUCGAUAUGAAGGAAUCCUGGCCAACGGCGUGCUCUCAAGAGAUGGUUCCCUGUCAGACAAGCGAUUUCUCUUUACCUCCAAUGGUUGCAGCAGAUCAUUGAGUUUGGAACCUGACACACAAAUCAGAGCCUCUUGGCAGUGGGUCAGUGAGAUGGGAGAACAAAUUCACUGGUCCCCCGACCAAGCCCAACUUCAAGACCAAGACCUGUCGUGGGCAGCAGGAGAUGGCAAGAACCGCAAACAGCGAGAGUGGCUGGAGACCGAUUUGGGAGAGAAAAAGAAAAUCACAGGGAUUAUGACCACAGGAUCCACACAGUCAAAUUUCAACUUUUAUGUUAAGAGUUUCGUGAUGAAGUUCAAAAACAACAACUCCAAGUGGAGGAGCUAUAAAGGAAUUGCGAAUAAUAAAGAGAAGGUGUUUCAGGGCAACUCGAAUUUUCGGGAUCCAGUGAGGAACAAUUUCAUCCCUCCCAUCGUGGCCAGAUACAUUCGGGUUGUCCCCCAGACGUGGCAUCAGAGGAUAGCCUUGAAUGUGGAGCUCUUUGGUUGCCAGAUUACACAAGGUAAUGAUUCAUUGGUGUUAAACAAAACAAGUCCAAAUACUGUUGGUUCAUCUGAAAGAGAAGAUGAGACAAUCACAAAAUCCAUCCCCUCUGCAGAAAUACCCACAGGAAUAAACGUCACAGCUGUUGCCCUUCCACUGGUGCUCUUUGGCCUGCUGGUUGCUGGAAUGGGAAUCUUUGCAGCCCUUAGAAAGAAGAAGAAGAAAGGAAAUCCAUAUGGAUCAGCUAAGGCCCAGAAAACAGACUGUUGGAAGCAGAUCAAGUAUCCCUUUGCCCGACAUCAGUCAGCUGAGUUUACCAUCAGCUAUGAUCAUGAGAAGGAAAUGACACAAAAGUUAGAUCUCAUCACAAGCGAUAUGGCAGGACAUUACAAGGGAAACUAUUGCCAGGAAUUAACUGAUAAGUAUACAGCUUCAAGAAAUAAAAGUGGUGCUGAGACUGUGGAUGAUCAUGAAGACCUUUACAUUUCCUGCGUUUUCUAAAUUUCCCACACUUAAGCACAUAUUACCUUCUAUAUUCAAAAGCCUCAUUAAAAACUGUCCUCUUCAUCCUCUAAAAUACAUGUAAGUAUAUGUUACCUUCUAAACUACUUACCAGUUUUGCCUUAAUGGUACCAGAGUCAACACUCUGACCAGUUUUAGCAUGGAGCUGAAGCUGGAUAGAGUGCAGCUGUAAAAGCUGAUCGUGGACUUCUUUCUCCAACACAACUUUCUCUGCCUGUGUCUCUGUCAGUUCAGAUUUCAGAUCCACCAACUGUGCCUUAUAAAGCAACAAUAAAAAACAUCAAGUAAGCUUAA